UUCAUUCAUGAUGACCAUAUAUUUAUAUAGUCCUUAAUUUGUUGCAACUCCAGAAUAUCUGGUCAUCCAAUCUUGUGGAUGCCCUUUGACAUGGGCGGGACUGACUUCAAAUUUGGUAAAGCUAAUCAAUCUAUCUAUAAAUAUAGGCCAGUCGUUGGAAUUCCGAGAAGUCCAAAACACUUAGCAAUGGCUCUUACCCACUUCGCUUCAUCAUUUUAUACUCCCCCAGCAUUAGCAUCUCCACGUCGCGCCUUAGUAGGACCUGUAUCAAGCAAGAAUUACCGCUCUCUACCUACCAAAGUUCGAUGCAUGGUUGCCACCGAACCUGCUGGUCAAAUUGUUUGGCGGUCGGCAAAUUAUCAAACUUCCAUAUGGGAGUAUGAUUUUGUUCAGUCACUGACUAGUAAAUAUAAGGGAGAGCCAUAUACAGCGCGAAGCGAAAAGUUGAAGGCAAACAUAAGGAUGAUGCUGGCGAACGCAUCGAAAUCCUUGGAUCAACUUGAGCUAAUCGAUGCCUUGCAAAGACUUGGGUUAUCCUACCAUUUUGUUGAUGAAAUAAAGAGCACGUUGAAGAGUUUAUUCUAUAAAAAUCAUAUAGAGAAUACAAAGACAGUACAUGACUUGUAUGCUACUGCUCUCGAAUUUCGACUCCUAAGGCAGCAUGGAUAUAAGGUACCUCAAGAGGUUUUCAAUCAAUUCAAGGACGAACAAGGAAACUUUAGGACAUGGCUUCACGAUGAUUUGAAGGGAAUGCUGUUCCUGUAUGAAGCUUCAUACUUCUUGGUAGAAGGCGAGAGCAUCUUGGAGGAUGCAAGAGACUUCACCACCAAAAAUCUUGAAAAAUAUGUCGAGAAGUGCAACCCUUCCGAAUAUCUUUCAAAGAUGUGGUGGAAGAGGACAGGACUUGGAGAAAAGUUGGAUUUUGCCAGGGACAGGCCGGUGGAGAAUUUCUUAUGGACUGUGGGGAUCAUAUUUGAACCUCAGUUUGGUAAUUGCAGGAGAAUGCUAACAAAAGUUAAUUCACUUAUAACAACAAUUGAUGAUGUUUAUGAUGUCUAUGGUACCUUAGAUGAGCUUGAGCUAUUCACGGAUGCCAUUGUAAGAUGGGAUCUUAAUUUCAUGGAUCGGCUUCCAGAUUAUAUGAAAUUAUGUUUUUUUGCUUUGUACAAUUCAGUUAACGAAAUGGCUUAUGAUAUUCUUAAAAAUCAGGGAAUUGACAUCCUACCUUACUUCAAGAAAGUGUGGGCAGACUUAUGUAAAUCAUAUUUAUUGGAGGCUAAGUGGUACUUCGGUGGAUAUACACCAACUCUUCAAGAAUACAUGGACAAUGCAUGGAUUUCGAUUGCAGCACCAGUGAUUCUAGUUCAUGCAUAUUUUUAUGUUUCCAAUCCAACAACAGAGGAGGCCUCACAAUUCAUGGAGGAAUACGCAGAUAUAAUUCGAUGGUCAUCCAUGAUUUUACGCCUUGCUGAUGAUCUUGGAACCUCCACGGAUGAAUUAAAACGAGGAGAUAUUUCCAAAUCCAUUCAAUGUUACAUGCAUGAAGCCGCAGCAUCUGAAGAAAAAGCUAGUGAUCAUAUAAGAAAUUUAAUUGGAAAUACAUGGAAGAAAAUAAAUGAUUAUCAAUUUAUUAAUCCUCAUAUCUCCCAAACUUUCAUUGGAAUUGCAAUUAACCUUGCACGAAUGGCACAAUGCAUGUAUCAAUACUCAUAUAAUGCAUUACUUUAA